AUGAGCAGCGCUGACGCGGUUCAGAAGCUGUCUGUCCUGGUUACAGAAGCUGAGCAAGCAACUGGACCGGCUCCGGAGCACACCUUGGAGUGUCACCCUGGUCAAUAUUGCGUGUGCCAAGCAGGUAUAGGAGGCAAAUCGAACCCCCUGGGGGAGGUCCUUCAAAGCACCGCCGAGUUUGUGUAUGUCCUCCAAACGAUCGCUCUGAAGCCCUCGUCUCCACAACAGACGGGAUCCAGGUUCCAGUCGCUAAAUUCGGAUCCCAACACGCUAUCGACACGAUAUCGUGAUCGGCGGCUGGCAUGUUCUGCUCUAGCAUAG